UCCGCUCGUGACGUCAGUCUCCGAGUCCUUUUUCCAAAGCGAGGUGAAGCGUUCCUGAUCUCCGGCGCGUGAAUGUCUGAAUAACGUCUCCUGCAACACGGAACAGAAAUCCCGGAGAAAGUGUUUCCAACAGCGCACUGACGCCCUCUGUAAAAGUUUCCUCAUCUUUCUUCUGAAGAGGCAGCAGUGUAUGUGUGUGAGAGAGAAGGAGUGUGUUUAUGGUAUUUGGGCGCUUGUAAGUGAUGGACCAGCAAAGGCAGCGUUCUCUCUCCACGUCUGGGGAAACACUAUACCAGGUUCUGGGGGUUUCUAAGAACGCCUCACCAGAUGACAUCAAAAAGUGCUACAGGAAACUAGCUCUGAAGUUUCACCCAGACAAGAACCCUGAUAACCCAGAAGCAGCGGAGAAGUUUAAGGAGAUCAACAAUGCUAAUACCAUUCUUACUGAUCCCACUAAACGCAACAUCUACGACCAGUACGGUUCUCUCGGCCUCUACGUGGCUGAGCAGUUCGGAGAGGAGAACGUGAACACCUAUUUUGUGCUGUCCAGCUGGUGGGCCAAAGCGCUGUUCAUCUUCUGCGGCAUUGCAACCGGGUGCUACUGCUGCUGCUGUCUGUGCUGCUGCUGUAACUGCUGCUGUGGGAAGUGUAAACCACGACCUCCUAUGGAACAUGAUCCUGAUUUUUAUGUCUCCCCUGAGGAUCUGGAGGCUGAGAUGAAAGCAGAAGAGAGAGAAGGUGACCCCAUCAGCGUGCAGCCUUCCUCAGCUACAGAAACCACUCAACUCACAGCAGAUGGUCACCACCCCAGCUACCGCACCGACCCCGGACUCAACUAGACGACUGCCUGCCUUACCCUCCUCUAGAACACCAGACCAGCAGAGGGAGCCAUCCUGCGUCAAUCACCCAGGCACUGCCGAGAGAGCUGAAGGAGUGGACAGCUGUCUGUCUAUCUGCUGUCAAAUGGCAAAGCUCUCAAAGCUUAGGCUCACCUCUAUACUUGUAAAGGAGCAAGGUUUUGUUUUUCCCUUGCAAUUGUUUUUUUUUCCUUUUUUUAGUCCAAAAAGCAGUCUGUUUGACACCACAUUCUAAAGUACAUCUGCAUCCCACACACCGUCUUGUUUUUCCGUAGAUGUAGAUGUUCAUAUUCGACCGAUGCAUUCAAUAGCAUUCAACCUGAACUAAUGCAUAGUUCUGAAUAAAUACUGUCCUCGUUGUUCUUGGACAUACAAAUAUACUGUUUAUUUAAGUUAUUAACCUAGACUUGAAGACUAGAAUCAUAAAUAAUAACUAAAUUAAUACUUAAUAUGAUAAACUUCAGUAUUUAAUGUCUUAGGGUUUUUACAUUGAUUUUAACUGAAUGUAGUAAUAGUUAACCACUUAAGGAACAUAUUAGUGCAAAUGUCUGUGUUUAUCUGUUUUACUGUACAAUUUAGCCAAAAAAAUAAUAAUUCACAGCCCUUACACCCAAGUGUUGUGGGUGGGGGCGGGCAAAUGACAUGCUUUUAUGUCUUGUUGUAGACCAAAUGUCCCUUCAAGGAUAGGAAUAUCUAACAGUUUUCACUUCAUGCGCUGUUCUCCAUGAGGAAAACGUUUUUGUUUUUUUUUCUACCCAACUGUUUUAUUUAGAAAUCAAAAGAGCGCCAAAAGCUUCCUGUCAGAUACUAAAGUUAAAUAUUAGAGUUAAAUUUAGGUCUAGACGUAGCAUUAAUUAGCUACAUUAAUAAUACUGCAAUGCCCUUGGAUGGUCCUGACAAGUGUGCGCGCGCGUGUGCACAUGUCUGCUGUGAUAGAAAUACAGUGCCAUCUGUUGACGUAUUAGCACAGUAAACUCAUUUUUGACUUUGUAUCUCUUGACUCUGUAUGUUAUCUAUGUCCAUGUCUCUACUUUUAUAACAGUGUAAGUGAGCUGUGUUUUUCAGUGACGUUAACUAAUCAGUUCACCAAAUACACCGAUCAUCUCUAACAUUAAUAGCACAGCCAGGUGAAUUGAAGAACACUGAUUAGCAAUUUUAUGCAAGUAUACUGGUGAUAGGAUCAUGUGCACCAAAAGGCUCACCAAUGCCUGUGGGGAGUAAUGGCCAGCCUGCCAUAUAUAAGCCAAUAUAUCACAAACCGCCAGUUAUCAUCCCCAGAACUUGGCACAAAUCAGUUUUGGCAAUGAUAGAAAGGCACCAGAAAGCCUAUUAUAAGCUUUAGCAGGCAACAAGAAGUUAAAGGUUGUUGACCAAGAAGUUGACGCAGCCUCCAAAUUCCCCAGAUCCUAGUGCAACUUAGCAUCCCGGGAAUGUGCUGGACAAACAAGCCAGAUACACAGAUGCCCCACCUCUCAACCCUCAGCACACAAAGAAUCUUGUGCCAAUUUCCUGGUGCCAGACAGCACAGCACAACCCCAGUUGUACCAUAGAGCCACGCCCUGAAGGGCCAGAGCUGCCCAGGUGGCACAGGGGGAACCUAAAAGCUAGGUGCUUUUAAUGUUAAAGGUUAUGGCUGAUCGAUGUAAAUGUCUGCGAAAGAACAGCUGUCCAUUUUUAUUUUAUUUUUUUUUACCUUAAAAAUUGUUGCAUUGUCCCAAAUAUUAGUGAGAAAUAACUUAGUCCGCAUGUCUUUUUGUUCUUUACACGUCUUUAGGUCACAGAGGGGAAAGUAGGUGGUUGUGUUUUUAGAUGUUCAAAUAAAUAAUCUGUCUGAUGUUAGUUAUUUAUUACAAUAUUAUGUAGUUUCCUCAUAGUGAAAGGACAAAUGUUUCGAAACUGAAUUGUGCAAGGUGAAUUUUUUUUGUGUGUAGUUUUAGAAGGUAUGCAGUUUUGAAAUGUUUUGCGAAACAUGGUUGUGUGUGUGUGUGUGCGCGCAUGUGUGUUUGUUUGGGGUGGGGUGGGGGUCUACGAUAAGGUUGGGUGAUGCCUCACUGGCAUGUGGGCAUGUGUAAACAGUAAUAUCAUUACUGCCACACUAUUAUAUGUCACUCAAUCAUGACUACGCUUCUGUGGUCUGUAUACUUCAGCCCUCUGCUCUCAUUUAUUAAGUGUUGGUUCUUCCUCACUGAUCACUGAGGACAAAUAUUUAUAAAUACCUCUGGGGAAAAUAAAAAAUAUAUAUUAGUUUUAGGGGCAUAUAGGGAGUUUACAAGUAAUAGAUUUCAGUUGCAUUAGUAAUAAUUUCAAGUUGUAGCACAUCAUUUGAUUCCUGAAUGAGAGCUAACAUGUCUGUGUGUCAGCAUGUUAUUUUUUUCUUUCACACAAUCAAAGGAAAACAUUAAUCAAAGGAAAAGGAUUAUUUACUGGAAUUAAAUUUUUGCAAUCGGAAAACAAGCAACUUAAUGUAAAAUAGAUUCAUGUAAAAUUACUUGUAUUUUGAAGGAUUACUAAAUUUGUGGAAGGAGGCUGAGUAACAUAAGACCUAUUUUGUGUAGGUUAUUAUGUCAGUCAAAUGUAUUUGCUUAAAUUUUAAUUACUUGUACAUUUACGUAUCACAAUUGUUGUCUAGUUUAGUAAUGUUAUGUUCUUUAUGUUAAUAAGGAAAUUGUCUUCAUCUUACCACAGUCUCUAAAUCUAAAUCCUCACCUAAUUGUGAUUCCUAAUAUGAAAGAAAGCAUGGAUAACAAAAUUAUUACAACAGUGUGAGCCAUCGAAUGUAUGUUGGUAACAAUUCCAAAUGGCACUUUGCUGUCACAUUUAAAUAGUUGAAAUUUUUCUUUAUCCUGUUGAUGAAGCAUCAGUUUAUCAAUGUGUCUGCGUAAAAGCGAUGUCUAAAGAAAAUCAUGCGCUCAGACUUCUUCAAGAUAUUCUAAAGUGGCAACAUGGAGACAAUGUAAAAUAUUUAUUUUCAUAUGCUUUUAAAAACUAAUUCAAAUGAUGUAAGUAUGAUAGUGGCCAUUCAGAUAAAUGGCUGGGUUGUUCUGUACCAUGCAGCUCUAUCUGUUGAGUUGCUGGUUCUUCAUUGUAGCAGGAGUCCUGUAUGUGAAAAAGAUGUGAUCUGUUUAUUUCCUGUUGUACAAUAAAUGUUUCUGAAUCCUA